AGUAGUGUAUGCUUAUCUCGGAUUUCACACUCAAUUUGCCAUUCGCCACGAUCCUCACAAACGUAAAUCGUUACCAGUAAAACAGCGCUAUGAUGUCUUCCGAGGAGUACGAGGUCCUAUACACAAUGCGCUCCGAACUCGCCAAGAAGGGGAUCAGCCCAGGUGUAUUUGGUGCCCCAGGACAAUUCGGUCCGGGGAGUUGUGGUGGUCCCGGGCCUUGGGGUUUUAGAACUUGGGGAUUUGGUCCUGGUUCUUGGGCAUUUGAUGGCCCUGGACACUUUGGUCAUGGUGGACGACGUGGCGGCUCUCUGGGCUGGAUGAAGGACGUCACCUCAGCUGAGAUGGGUGUGCUUAUGAAAUACAGAGAGAAAGGAAGAAAACAUGCAGCUCUCGGUGGAAUCAUCGGGGCGUCAGCGAUGGCAGGCGUCUGGAAAGUGACCGCGCUGGGCAGUGUAUUGGGGUUUGCUGGAAUGAUUGGUACAAUAAGUGUACUUUGCUCGGGUGGAUGUCUACAGCGUCUUACGCUAUCCAUCGAUCGUUGAUUCUUGCAGUGGGUGGAGCUAUCGGCGCCAGGGUCUCGGUUCGCACCAGCGGCAUUCGCCAAGAGAUGAUGACCGAGAUGAUAAAACUUCCUAGCGAGAGGUCACCGCGGGCAGCUCAAGCGAGAGAGAUGUACGUGUUCCUCAAGACUUGGUACGAUGGCAUAGUACAGUUGACAUUUCUGCGUAUGUGUAUGUGCUUAUAGCCUCAGAACGAAGCUGUCGCACAACGCUUUCGCACAGGAGCUUCUCAAUGGGUCGGAACCAUGAGAUUCGUGCCCGUGGGGCUACGUGAUAACAUAACAAACCUGCUUUUGAAACCGCGGCUACGAACGGAUAGUAGUAACGAAAUCUUUUUGUUGUUGUUAGAGAACCAUUGCCGAGUUCAUUAACCAGAGUUAUAUACAAAAUCAUUUCGCUAAGACAUA